ACAAAAUAUUAUCACUGAGAUUAGAUUUUUAAACAAGGAGAUAGGUUAAUUUAGAAAAAUAUAAAGUCUCACUUUACAAAAUAUUUAUUUUUGCCCUGGUUAUAUUGUAACAAGAGUAAAUUUGACCCUAGUUGUGGGCACUUUACUGACUGUGCUUGCUGGACUGCUGGUGCCCCUGCUCAAUGCCUAGAUUUUUAUUUUGUGUAGGUGAAGUAAUUGUUAUGAAGCUAUUCAGAUGACUUCCUCUUUUUAUGAAGACUGUGGACUCCCUUCUAUAACAUAGUUUUAUACUAUAACUAACAUUACUUUAUCAAUUAUAUUUAACUUAUCACCCAUUGUAGAAGUUAAUGCUCUUACUAACCAAAUGUUAUAGUGGUGGAGGUUACAUUUUACAAUUUUCUACAUGCAUUUAAAAUUAUUAGAUUUUAACAACCCUAAUCUUGUUGAUAAAAAUGCCUAAAAAGAUAGGAUUCAAUGUGAUCUAUGCUACAGGAGAGGAUGAAAAAUACAAAGCGUGUGAGUUGGACAGACACGGGCCAGCCAUCCGAGGGUGGCAGUCCGCCAAGGAUUGCUCCUUCCCCCAGGAAGUGGUUUUGAGGCUUCACUCUACAGCUAUCCUGCAUCAAAUACAGAUAUUGGCACAUCAGUACCUAAUCUCUGAGAGAAUCGACCUUCUAGUCGGUCCAGAAGAUUGCACAGAUGAGAUUUCAGGUGAAGACGCCAACAACUUGCAUUUCGAGUACCUCGGCUACAUCACACUCAGUGACAAUCAGUCUACAGAGUUCAAGAGUCGAGAACUCAAAUCCAUCACUGUUCCGCCCUUCAGCCCAACGUCUUAUGUCAAACUAAGACUUUACCAGAACCAUCAAAACAGCCUCAAUGUAUUCAAUCAGGUGAGUAUAGUAGCAGUACAGCUGAUUGGGGAGGAAGCGGUGAGAGGCGAGGAAAACAACAAUGGACAUGGUGCGACCUUGGGUUCAACCUGCGAUGACCUCGCGUUUGAGAUGUACGUUGAUAAAGAUGUUGCCCGCAUCAUCCGACUGCUGGAGAAGAGGAAACACCAGGCUGUACAAGAUGAAAGGUUCGAGUACGCUCGCAAGUUGAAGUCAGCAAUGGUGGAGCUGAGAGCGGCCGGUGAAAGGCUAGGAAAACUGGAAAUCAGCAAAAAACAAGCGAUCAUGCACGAGGACUACACCAAAGCGAAGAAGAAGAAGUCGCAAAUGGAUGAAUACAGGAAGGAGGUUUACGCUUUGUUGGAAGUGGACGAACUACUUGAAGAGAAUGGACCGCUGGCCAAGAACGACGAGGAGUCUCCCGAUGCCGACAACGGUACAAGUACAACAACAUUGAGUGAGAAUGAGGCAGUGGGGCCAGUAACAGCCCCAGUCCCCGUCAGACAUCCUGCACCCCCACCAGUAUUGGAGCCUUGCUCUCCCCCGCAGCGGGCCCCCGAGCCACCCGGCAUCUACCAGAGUCCUGUGUCCCCGCUACACUACGCGGGCAGAGUCAGUCCUACUGGAGCGACUCCAAAAGGUCAAGCAUACAUCGCAACACCAGUGACCAUUAGAACAAACUCCGGCUCUCUACGGAGGAGGAACAAAUCUGCGGCAAGGAACAGUUACGAAGCCUACGACGAGCGCACAGUGCCUGCUCAUAGAAGUACACAUUCUGCUGAACCCAGAGAAAACGCAGCACCAGCUGUUGUGUCCAAACUGAACGAGAAAGAAAGAAAACAAGCAGCUCUGCCAAUCUCUGUGUUCGGAAUGGCUUUGGUGGAGAAGUUCUACUCGAAGCAGUUCUCUGACAAAGAAGAAGGGUUGUGUCUGCUGCAGGCUGCACUGCGAGCUCAUGUCCGGACGGAAUGUGUCAAACCACCCGACAACACUGAGACUCACUCCCCCAACAAGGUGGCCAGAGCAGCAGUGUAUCUUCUACACAGGGCGCUUAGGGACAAAGUAUUCAUUGUGUACAGCACAGCCGCAGAGAUCAUACGCUACUUCUUCAGUGAGUUCAUCUCUGGAAGAGUGUCUACAGCAGAAGUGGCUCGUUGUCUAGAGAGGUUGCUGCCUGAGCUACUUUCCAAGUCUGGAGAUACGACAGCCAGGAUACACAACAUGGCCAUUCACACCAUCCUCAGUCUGGCUGACUGCAAAGAUGUCAGGAGUUUGAACAUCAUCCCGGUACAUCUGACACGGGUGUUGACCUCCAGUACACACCCGAGGCUGGCUCUCAGCAAGAUGGAGAUGGUGGAACAGCUGAUUCUCAACCACGGCAUCUCAACUGAUAAGCAGAGUGGUAUGACGUGCAGAGUCCUGUCAGAACUUGGUGUGUCGGGGUUACACCAUCCGGCCGAGGCUGUCCGCAAGGUGGCCGAGCGGAUACUCAUACAGGUGUACAAAGUCAAUCCUCGGAUUGUCCGGAAACAGCUUCCUCCUGACGAUGAUAUCACCCGCAGAAACCUCCUCUAUCGUCACCUCAUGCAGGAGUUUGAUAAGGUGGAUCUCGAGCGUAAGCCAGCUUUGAUGGACCCGUUCCCAACAAACAAGAACAAGUUGGUGAGGUCAGGCAGUGUCAGCAGUGCCAACCCCGCAACUGCCGCGGUGUUGCGACCGUCCACCAGUGCGUAUACUCACGCUGACAAUGCUGCCAACAUGACAAACUCGCCUGAGAGUCAGAGUACGAGCUCCUCCUCUGGUGGGAUCCUGUCUCCACCUCUAGACCAGGCUGUGGACAAGCAGUGUAUCUUCUGCCUGGAGAAGUCUGAAGGUUUCUCUGAGGAAGGCCUCAACAUCCACUACUGGAAAAGUUGUCCGAUGUUGAUGAGAUGCCAACAUUGUCAAGAAGUUGUUGAAGUCGUCGCACUCAAUCAGCAUCUUGCUGACGAGUGUGAUCUCCGUAAGUUGUACAAGCGCUGUGAUAACUGCUCAGACGUUCUGCACAUCGAUAGUUUUGAGGAACAUCAAAAUUCCCCCGUUUGUUUGCAGGGCAGAGUAGCGAGAUGUCCGUUGUGUCAGUCCACGGUGGGUCCGGGGGACGGCUGGUGGAGAGAUCACCUCAACGGAAUCCACCUCUGUCCCAAACAUCCCCGGCGGAAGUUUGUUAAACCUAGGCCAACUCGCUCUAAGACUCCCGAUCUGCCUCAAACUUCAUCCAUGUACAACUUUCGCUGAGCAACGCCAACCCACCAAAGAAGCCUUCUGUGUUACUACUAGCCUAGCUGUUCUCUUUUGCCAACUAACUUAGCAUCUAUUGGUCAUUAUGUUUAAAUAUUUUAGAGGUAAAUGCUUGUUUCGAGUGAGAUUGGAAAAGAAAAUGUUUUUGGCAGUUAAACUACAUUGUUGAUGAGACUUUAGCUUCUUAAAUUGUAGCACAAAUUGUGAAAGGCCAAAGUAAAUAUUAUGGUAUGUGAAAUGGCAAAGCCAUGAAGAUGUAAUGUUGUACCAAAAAA